AUGAAGCUGCUCCUGCUGGGGCUGAGCCUCGUCCUGUGCGUCGGAGUCGCUGAGGCUCUUCGAUGCCACGUCUGCAAGUACAAGAUCCCCUUGGUCGGGUGCCUCAGGGGCGCCAACGUGACCACCUGCGAGCGCCGCGAGAAGUGUGCCCUCAUCAAAACCACCCUGGGGAAGGUGACCAUUUAUUACCAGCAAGGCUGCACCUCCGCCCUGAACUGCGGCCGGGAGCGGGCGUCCGACGCCGAGUCCCGCCUGACCUCCCGCUAUUCCUGCUGCGAGACGGACCUCUGCAACGAGGAGUGGGGCGAGGAGCCCACGGACUGA